AUGUCCAACGCCUGCGCGGGGAGCGGGGUCUGGUUUGGAGAGCAAGAUCCGCGCAACACUGGUGUACGAGUGCCACACAACGAACAGUCAAACCAAGCGGCGGAGAUGUAUGCUGUGACCCUGGCCCACAUGCUCACCCCUCCCUUCGCACCGCUACAUAUCGUGAGCGACUCGAAGUAUGUUGUUGAAGGACUAACGCAACAUCUGCCGAAGUGGGAACGACGUGGAUGGAUAGGGGUGGCGAACGCGGAAGUAAUUAAGGAGGCGGUCGCGCAUCUUCGCACGAGGAGCGCACCGACGACCUUCAGGUGGGUGAAAGGCCAUGCGAACGAGCGAGGCAACGAGGAAGCGGACCGCCUUGCGAGAGAAGGAGCGAACCUCCCACAACAACUCCGCCCCGUUGCACUCCCCCCGAGUGUCGAGUACGUGCAUGAAGGGGCCUCUCUGUCUGACCUGACGCAGAGCCUGGCGUACAAGGGCAUUAGAGCGCGGACACCGAGGCCUGCACGACGGGCGACGACCCGAGGGGUCAGCGAAGCGGUGGCCAGCGUUGCGAAGACGACCGGGGCGGAGCACAGAGAGGCUGCGCUGUGGAUGCUGCUCCGAAAAGACCCGAUUGCGAAGCGAGUGAGGGACUUUAUCUGGAAGGCGCUGCACCAAGCAUUCAGGGUGGGGGGGUUCUGGUCGAACAUACCUGGGUACGAGGAGCGGAGCCGCUGCUCUAGAUGCAACUGCGAAGAGUCAAUGGAGCACAUCCUGACAGAAUGCGGAGCCCCGGGGCAGACUGAAGUAUGGGACCUCACCAGGCAGCUCCUGAGUAAGAAAGGCGUCACGCUACCGGUCAUGACAUUGGGCGCUGUGACCGGAGCGCACCUGUGGACGAUAAUGAACGAGAAGGAUGAGAUCCGAUGCGGCGCGACCCGCUUGGCACGGAUGAUUGUCGGCGAGGCGGCCUACUUGGUCUGGAAGCUGCGAUGUGAACGGGUGAUCGGAUGGGCGGACGAACCGCAGAAAACUCACUCGAGAGAGGAGAUCGCCAACCGAUGGAUGGCGACGGUGAACAAGCGUCUGAGCAUGGACUGCGCUAUGACUAGCAAGCGCCUUGCGGGACGGCACGUGAUCGCACAGGAGGUGGUGGAAGCGACGUGGGGGGGAGUCUUGCACGACGAGAAGUCCCUCCCAAGAGACUGGGCGUGUAUGUCGGGGGUUUUCGUGGGUAAGCUGACGCUGUCGGAGGUCAGGGAUAACGGCUGA